AUGCAUUUGCCACGAUAUCUCGGGCUUAUCGCGGCCCUUGGAGCUGCCGCCGGACCUACAAACACGCUCAUGUCCCGGCAGUCGGCCACAGCCAUUACCGUGAACCUGGACCAGACGUACCAGCGCAUCGACGGGUUUGGGUGCUCCGAGGCCUUCCAGCGCGCCGUGCAAAUAUCCAAGCUGUCCGAGGCGAAGCAGCAGCAGGCGCUGGACCUGCUCUUCAACACCACGUCCGGGGCCGGCCUGUCGAUCCUACGCAACGGCAUCGGGUCGUCGCCCGACAUGAGCUCCGAUCACAUGGUCAGCAUCGCGCCCAAGUCCCCCGGUGCGCCAUCCAAGCCGCUCGUAUAUAGCUGGGACGGCAGCGAUAACAAACAGCUAUGGGUAUCGCAAGAGGCAAUCAAGCGUGGUGUCAGAACCAUUUAUGCAGAUGCCUGGUCUGCACCCGGUUAUAUGAAGACCAAUGGAAAUGACGCCAAUGGUGGCAGUCUCUGCGGUGUGAGUGGUGCUUCAUGCUCGAGCGGUGAUUGGAAGCAGGCCUAUGCGGAUUACCUCGUCCAAUAUGUCAAAUUCUACGAGCAGGAAGGGGUCAACAUUACACAUCUAGGAUUUCUCAACGAGCCCGACUUGACCACGAGCUAUGCAUCGAUGCGCUCAUCCGGGACCCAAGCUGCCGACUUUAUCAAAGUCCUGGGCCCAACCUUGCAAAAGGCCAACCUCUCCCACGUGGGCAUCAACUGCUGCGACGCCGAAGGGUGGUCGAGCCAGGCCUCGAUGACGAGCCAGCUGGCCUCGGUGGACCAGUACCUCUCGACCAUCACGGCGCACGCCUACACGUCGUCGCCCAACUCGCCCAUGGGUAGCGCCCGCGGCCACCCUGUCUGGCAGACCGAGGCCGCGGACCUCAACGGCGCAUGGACGGCGGCGUGGUACGCCAGCGGCGGCGCCGGCGAGGGCAUGACGUGGGCCAACAAUAUUUACACGGCCCUCGUCAGCGCCAACUGCUCGGCGUACCUGUACUGGGUCGGCGUGCAAGGGGGCGACACCAACUCCAAGCUCGUGCGCAUCAGCGGCGACAGCGUCGCGGCCUCGAAGCGCCUGUGGGCGUUUGGCCAGUGGAGCCGCUUUGUGCGGCCCGGCGCCGUGAGAGUCGGCGUCGCGGGGACCAAGUCGGGCAUCAAGACGUCGGCGUUCCGGAAUGUCGAUGGGUCGAUUGCUGUGCAGUUGAUCAAUACCGGGUCCGCCGCGGCGUCGUUGGCCGUCGGCACCACGGCGGCCGGGGCUGGUAUCAAACAGAGCAAGGCUUUCGUUACGGACAACACUCAUGAUCUGGAUGAGCUGGCGAUUUCUGCGACGGAUAGCGCAGUGAAUCUGAGUGUGCCAUCUAGGUCAAUGGUCACAGUGGUUCUGCAGUACUAG